GAACACCGUUUUCUUGUGAAAGGGUAGAAAGGUAAUACCAGACGUUUCUUCUAAACUUCUCCUCAAAGCCAAACCCCAUGUGCUUUGCUUCAUGCCCAUUCCUCUAUAAAAACAAAACCCAAAAUCCUGCACAACACCAACUCCAAGUUCGCGCCCUAAAUCUUCAAUCUUUUCUGCGAAUUUCUAACUUCUUCACACAGAUUGACGAUAUGGUGUCGAGCAUAGAUCGAUCGGAGAUAGCUUUCUUUGACCUGGAAACAACUGUCCCGACCCGACAUGGUCAGGGGUUUGCCAUCUUGGAAUUCGGUUCGAUACUGGUUUGCCCUAGGAAGCUCGUUGAGCUCGAAAGCUACGAGACGCUGGUAAGACCACAUGACCCUCUCACUCAUUUCCACCUUGUCCGUUCGCGCCAACGGUAUCACCGCCGAUGCUGUCGUUUCCGCCCCGACCUUCUCUGACAUCGCGGAUAAGGUUUACGACAUCUUACAUGGGAGGAUAUGGGCAGAUUAAUAGACCACCACCGGAGCCCAAAGGAACCAUUGAUUCAUUGGCUUUGUUGACACAGAGAUUUGGUAGGAGAGCUGGAAACAUGAAGAUGGCCACUCUCGCAGAUUAUUUUGGGCUUGGAAAGCAAUCACACCGAAGUUUAGAUGAUGUGCGAAUGAAUCUUGAAGUUCUCAAGUAUUGUGCAACUGUUCUUUUCUUGGAAUCAAGUCUUCCCGAUAUAUUUACAGAAAACAGUUGGGUUUCCUCAAAUUCCACCACAAGAACCCGUAGUAACGCAAAUGCAACUGGCCCAAACACUAGCCCAUCAUCUUCCAAUUCCCCUCCAAAUCAAUCAGCUUCUGGUGUUGGUCAACAAGCUCAACCCGACCCGUUUGACUUGGGCCCACUUAUAGACAAAAUUGAGAACGAAGCCAUGGAGGAAGAACCACCGACAGCCGCUGCUGAAACUGCCGCCAUCAGUGACACUGACACCAUUGAAUUUCUCGACCCUGAUCAAGUUUCCAUACCCUCUAUCCGAUGUAAUGCCUUGAAGAUACGUUUUGGAAUCAGCACAAAGUUUGUUGAUCAAGCAGGAAGGCCUAGGCUAAGUUUUGUGGUUGAUGCGCCCCCAAAUCUUUGUGGUGUUCUUGAUGCAUGUGAUAAUAUUGCCAAGAGGUUUGUGGAUUCCGAUAGUAACUCAGAAUGGAGACCUGUUGUUAGCAGAAAGCCCGGGUUUUACAACUCACCUACUGUUAGAUUACAGUUACCUACUGUAGCUGAAGGAGAUAGUGCAAGAUGGAUUACAGAGAUAUACCAGAAAGAAUCAUCUUCGUUGUCUGUGGAAAGGGUUAUGUUUAGUAGGUAUGACGUGGCAGAACUUGAGGCUUUGAUUCGUCAGGGUUCCUUGGUGGAUGCUUGUUUUCUUUUGGAUCCAUAUGACUACAGACAGAGUGCUGGAAUUCGAUUAGUGGCUAAGAAACUGAUUGUUAAUUCUAAUUGAAGGGUUUUGGUGUAUAGAUCACACACUAAUGGCUGACUUCUAGAAAAAGAAUCUUGGUUUAAUGUUUGUAAAGAUUUGGGAUGUAAUUUGUUUUAUUGUUGAUGUAGAAGGUGAACGACUGAUCCUAGGGUUUCGAAUUCAUCAAUGCAAAAUGUUAUUCUUCGAUCUUUUUUUAUAAUCGAUGUGUAAAAUGUACUGUAAAGCGUAUAUCAUACAUUCAAAUUUUAUACAGCAAGAAGAAAGAAAUACAAGCCUAAUUAUAUGGCACUAACGGUAAGCGAAAGACUUGGUACUACAUCUUGAAUUUUUUAGUGCACGUGUUAUUACCCCCCGACAAGCUGAAGUGUGGGACGGACUUGAAGCUUGUGUCGUAGCAUGUGGACUCGAUCGCGUGCGAGAGGCUUUGUGAAAAUGUCUGCCAACUGAUCAACUUGAUCAACUGAGGAGAUAUAGCAGAUAUUUUAGAGUACCAUUUUCUACUUGUUCACGAAUGAAGUGAAAACCUAAGGCAAUAUGUUUUGACCUGGUGCUGAUAAUCGGAUUUUUACUCAUGAAGAUAGCCCCGACAUUGUCACAUAGAAUCAUUGGUUGUUUGGUUAUGGGUGCCUGAAGUUCUUGAAUCAAGUGUUUGAGCCAUAACAAUUCAGCGGUGGUAUAUGCUAAGGCUCGAUAUUCUGCUUCAGUGCUUGAUCGAGCAACAACUUUUGCUUCCGAGAGGUCCAAUUGAUGAGAUUUGGUCCAUGAAAUAUAGCGUACCCGUAUUGAGAACGACUGUCUUCUUGAUUUGAAACCCAACCUGCAUCGGAAUAUGCUAGAAGUGAGUCAGCCUUUGUUGGAGAAAAGUGAAGGCAGUGAGUGGCAGUUCCUUUCAGGUAACGGAGAAUGUGUUUGGUUGCUUGCCAGUGCAGAAUUGUUGGAGAGUGCAUGAAUUGACAGACCCGGUUGACGGCAAAGGCAAUGUUUGGUCUUGUGAUAGUAGCAUAUUGGAGUGAGCCGAUGAUCUGUCAACAGUGUUGGAUCAUGAAACAGAUCGCCAUCAGGGGACAAACAU